UUAUGCGUGUUACUGAAAGUGAAACUUUAGUUUUAAAAGCUUAGUGUAAUAGUAUUUUAGCUUAUUAAACUGAUAUGAAAUAAAAUUUUAUCUACUUUUUACGAUGAACAUGUUAAAGAAAUUUAAGUCGUUGAGUGACUCAAGUACGAGUGAAAGUGAAGAUGAUUAUGGAAAGCGAGGUCCCCAGAAAUCAUCUUCUGAACAUUGGGGUUCAGCAACCAAGAGAAGUCACAGUACGGAGGAUGCAGAAGAUGAUCAUAAUGGAGAAAUGAUGUCCGGUGCAGGAUAUUUCAAAAUGCCUACUAGAUAUACAGAAAGGAAUAGCCUGGAUGACGAUAAUCCUAAUUUUUCUCCAAAAAGAAAGAAAUCUGAUGAUGAAAAUCCAUCACAGUCAUCUGAAAGAGAUUCAGACAGUGAAGGUGAUGAUAAAGAUGCUCAUUUCAAAAAUUCUAACUUAAAAGGUGGUAAAGAUACGUAUAAUGGAAUAAAUUAUGGGCUUGGUGCAAAACUAAUGCAAAAAAUGGGUUUCAAAGCUGGAGCUGGGUUAGGAAAAAAUUUACAAGGUAGAGUAGAUAUUGUUGAAGCUUCAAAGCAGCGUGGUCGUCGAGGUCUUGGUCUUCAUAUAGCUGGAUUAGAACCUUCUGACACUAAGUGGGAUUUUAGCAAAGAGGAGAUAUCUGUUAAAGAAGAAGUAAAUUGGAUGCCUGAAUGUAAUGAAGAACCAUUAACAAUGAACCUGCUACGAGAUUGGAUGAUUGAAGGGAAGAAAAAAAGGACACUUGAUGAUGAAACAGAGUUUUGUGAUCCAGAAAUAUUAACGAGUGUAUUACAGUAUAAGAGUGUGUUUGAUAAACUGGAACCAGAAGAAAUGCGAAAAGCAAGGACAAAAUCAAAUCCAUUUGAGACAAUACGUGGAGGAAUUUUUUUAAACAGGGCUGCAAUGAAAAUGGCAAACAUGGAUGCUGUUUUUGACUUUAUGUUUACCAACCCAAAAACAAAAUAUGGAGAGCCUAUGGUCCAGAGAAAUGAGCUGUUAUAUUUUGCUGAUGUAUGUGCUGGUCCUGGAGGUUUCUCAGAAUAUGUUCUAUGGCGAAAGAAAUGGGAGUGUAAAGGAUUUGGAUUUACGUUAAAGAAUGCAAAUGAUUUUAAAUUGGAAGACUUCUUUGCUGGACCACCAGAAACAUUUGAACCUUUGUAUGGUGUUACAGAGGAUGGUGAUGUAUUUAUCCCAGAAAAUAUCAUUGAUUUCAAGAAGAAAGUUUUUUCCAGUACAGAUGACAAAGGGGUUCAUUUUGUUAUGGCUGAUGGUGGGUUUUCUGUUGAAGGAAAUGAAAAUAUUCAAGAAAUUUUAUCAAAGCGCUUAUAUUUAUGUCAGUUCCUUUGUGCCUUAUCUGUCUUACGAACAGGUGGCCACUUUGUCUGUAAACUGUUUGAUCUCUUCACUCCUUUUAGUGUAGGUCUUGUCUAUCUAAUGUAUCAUGCUUUCGAAAAAGUCUGUAUAUUCAAGCCAAAUACAAGCCGACCAGCUAAUUCUGAAAGGUACAUUAUUUGUAAGUGGAGGAAAGAAAACACUAAAAAUAUCUGUGAUUAUAUGUAUGAAGUAAAUUGCCAUAUUGCAAAGAGGUGUGGUGAAGCUUCUGAUGUGGAUGUGAGAGAAAUUGUUCCCCUUGCUGUUCUUAAAGAAGAUCAAGCAUUUUAUGAUUAUAUUGUUAACUCAAAUAAUCGAUUAGGUGCAAGACAAGUGAUUCAUCUAGAUAAAAUUAGGGCAUUUGCCCAGAACAGUGAACUACAUGAUGAACGUCAAAAUGACUUAAAAAAACAAUGUUUGACAUAUUGGCAGGUUCCUGAUAGAGCAAGAGCUGCUCCUUCUAUACCAGACCCAGAGAAAAAAUUUGCCGAAAUAAUGGGAGGAGGUAAAACUCAAUUUUUGUCUGAAGAACCUCAAAUGUUAACUAAAGAUUCAUUAACAAAAUUAGAAGAUGUUUUCGAUUUUCAAUGUGUUGUUUCCGGUGAAACUCCAAGUGAACCGGCCACUUUUUUCCUUGGACUAGGGAGGCUUAAUGUUUAUCGAUAUGAUGUAAAAAACAGUAAAUGGAAAAAAAUUGAAGCUACAUUAGAACUUCCAGCAAAUACAUUGUUUUAUGGAGAAUUUGUCUAUGAGCUUAAAGGAGAGAAUCGAGCUCAAAGGAAGAUUUUGUGCCUUCACAUUAUUGAUGCAAUAAGUAUAGGGGGGAAAGAUGUAAGAAAACGGCACUACAAAGAUAGAAUGAUUCAAGCUGAAAAAUUGGUUAAAGCUGUGUCUAAACCAAGCAAAAAAGAUUAUACUUCUCUCAGGGUUAAAACAGUUUUUGAUCUUCAUCUAGUUAGAGAAGUUUUUGCAAAGUUAGCUUUGAAAUUUAUCAAAAACAGUCAAGUUCCUAGGUUGUGUUUUGAUUUAGAUAAUGAAAGGCACAUUUUACCGACUGGUCUGCUGAUUUUUAGAACAGUAGUUGAUCCAUGGGUUGUAGCUUUUAGUAAAACUCAACAAAGAAUCUAUUUUUUCAACAAAAAGGAUAAAACAUCUGUUUUUGAAAGAAUUGAAGGAGCAAGUGCAGACUUUCUGACUUCUUUUAGUAAAAGAUUGUUCUGGGAUUGGGAAUCAGGAGCUCAACUUUUGCAAAGACAGUCAACUGAAAUAGCAAAGGAGCAUUCUGGACUACAUGGAGACAUUGUAAAACAUUUUAUUGAAAAGACUUUUAAGAAGCUUACAGGCCAAGUAUAGCAAAAGAAGUUUGUUGUAUCGUAAUGCAUCUGUUAUUUGUUGAGGCAUGCAUUACCCUUUUGAAGUUGUUAUGACGAUGCUGUAUUUAUGUAGCGAAGAUAUUACAGUCAUUUUUCAUGUAAUUUAAGUCAUUUUCAUCUGUGUGUUAUGUCAUUUUAAAUAUUUGGAAGGAUUUUUUCUUGUCAGACUGGACAGUAAAGACUGGAAUAUUCCAGUUUUGAUGUAAAAAUAUUUUUUUCAUACUGUUAAUUUAAAGUACAUAAAACUGCUUUUGUAAGAUGCGAAUUGAAUACUUGCAUGUUUAGUUUAAAUACAAAAUAUAAUACCAUGCUCAACAACAGUUGAUUUUGCAAAAUUUUCUGUAGUUAAAAUCAGAUGGUUUAUAUUCUUGAAAUAUUGAUUUUUUGGUAAGCUGAAUGUUUACAUUAAAAAUGAUUUUUUGAACAUUAAACAGUCAUGCUUUUUAGAAGGUUUUGAAACUUACUUAUGA